GCGGCGGGGCGGGGCCACUUGACUGCAGGCUCGAGGAAGGUGACCGACGGAUCGUGCUUACGGAGUGGGAACGGGUGAAAGAGCAGCCAUCUGUGAAGGGUUUCGGCUUUAGCUGAAACUUUUGCAAAUUCAUCAUGAUACUUCAACAGUUCUUCAGAUUUUCUUCCAUCUUCCGUUCAGCGCUCUCUGUCCAGUUGCAUAGAAAUAUUGGCUUUUCUGCCAUUGCAUUUAAUAAAGCUAAGGAACUUGAUCCCAUACAGAAGCUCUUCUUGGACAAGAUUAGAGAAUAUAGGACAAAGAGCCAAAAAGCUGGUGGCCCUGUUGAAGUUGGUCCAGAAUACGAGAAAGAGCUAAAUGACCAAACUGAGAAACUCUUACGGUUAUAUGGUGGAGGAGACAUGAACAAAUUUCCAGAGUUCACAUUUGAAGAACCCAAAUUUGAUGAAGUUCAGAAGUGAUGUGAUCAUGUGUGUACUAAGGGUCAGGCUGGACAUGUUGAGUUGGUCUGCAGUUGUAACUUAAAUAAACAGUUCAAUAGUAA